GGGCAACAAAGCGAGACUCCGUCUCAAAAAAAAAAAAAGGUUGGAGUACUAGCCUGGCUUACUUUGCAGGAGUGCCUUCCUUAGAUCUGCUAGCAUGUCAAAUCAGCUUAAGCAUGACAUCAUAUGAAGAGGUGGGCAGAUUGAAGUCUGACAGGCUUCCCCACUGCUUUUGCCCCAGGGUGCAGAUAUUAGAACAGAGGCUACCACUUGUUUCUCUCCUUCAUUUGUCCUGUCCUUUCUUUGUCCUUCAUUUUCUGGGCCUCCAAAUAUCACUUAACCUCCAGAACAGUUCUGUUGGUAAGCAUAAUGAAGGGAUUAAACUAGAAAUGAAUUCUUACAGUUUAUAGUGAGAGCUUCUGAUUUCUGCCAUGUGGAAUCGUAUCUGUAGCAUUUCAGUGUUUGAAGUUCUUAGUAUUGUUGAGAAUAUAAAAUGAAUUGGGGAGAGAUGAACCUCUCAAACAUGUUUGUUGUUUUUUCAAGAAAUCAUAUCUACUGUUCCACCUGUAUUUCAUGUAGUGUAUUUAUGUAUCAUGUACUUAAGAAAACAUGUGAAAACAGACCAUUUUAAAGCUAGUUCGUGUCUGGUUUGUCGCCACGUUAAAUAUGCACAUGUAAUGAGUUGUCUGGAACUCAGGACUUUCCCUACAGACAGGAUUUUUGCUGGUGGCUAAUUCUCAGGUCAGCCUUCAAAGGUUUGCAUAACCUCAGUGCACACCAGUGAAUUCUAGGACAGAGAAUUACCACUGAUUACAAUGGUUUUAAAGGAAAAUGUACUCUGAACUCUUGUCUCCCUCUGUAAUAGGAGGAGUUUCCUGCUUUUUUUCCUCUCUUUGGGCCUCUAGUGUUGUGUUCCAUAGACUGGGCAGGCUGUGGUGGUAGGGAAGCGGGGAGCUUAGAGACAAAAAGUGUAUGGGACUCCCAGAAGUAAUGGCAAAAGGAAAUGCAGUGAGAUGUCAGGAUGAGCGAGAGCGCUUUGAUAUGGGUCCCUGGCGGGGGUUGCAGAAUAAACGAACCUAUGUAAACCAGUCCCCAAACACUGGCACCUGGGUGAGAAAAGGAGCCAGAGCUGGACACUUUUUUUCUGCCCUCUUUCUGCCAGACCUCCUGUCCUACUGUUAUAGGCCUUACUAUUGACAUCUGGCAAAAGAGAAUCAGUAGAAAGGAGGUGUGUGAGAAUUGCAGGUAUAGCACCUAGGGGUUCAUCCUAGGAAUCUACUGGAGCAAGAGAAAGAACAGAGAAAAGGGGAAGUCCCCAUUAACCUCUGAGCAAAGGAACUUCCUUGCUACUGAAUGUGGCUAGAGCUGUACCCCACUCACUCUGUCUUCAGUACUGUGCAGUUGUUCCAAGGUGGUUGUCUGAUUUGGCUGUGAAGAGCCUGAAUAGUUAAUAUUUGUUGGGUCUGGGUGGUGAUACAUCAGUGUGUGUUAUCUCACUCUAUAUAUCCUUACUUUGGAAGUAUUUCAUGGUGAUAAUAGACAAAGCUAAUGGGUUUGGUGUGAAGAGUGUCUGUUCGUAGGAAAACAUGGUCUAUUCAUCAGUCUAGCUUAACAGCUAGCUAAAUAAACCGAGUAUAACUCAGUGGCUCGUAGAGCUUUAUAUUACUGUAGAGAUUUAUGUUACCAGAGGGGUAUAAAAAGUAUUAAUGAAUUAACAGAAGAUCUUUUAUAUUUCAUUUAUUUAUUACAUUUCUUAGCAGACUGUUUUUUACUGUAAAUGUGAAUACAGUUUUCCACUUCUUACUUGUUCAUAGUUUUCUUGACAAAGAAUAGCUACUUUUCUUACAAAUUUUCCAAUUUUGAAGUUUAACCAAUAAUAGUUUCAGUGACUUCAUUACAUUAACACCUAACUGAUACCUAAACUUCAGAGGAGUUUGCCUUAAUCAGUAUGUUCAUUGCUUUUUAAAUUUUUUCUGUUCCACAAAGAUAGGAAUUCAAUGCACUUGUUUGUUUAUUUAUCUGUUUAGUUUUUCUGGGCUGCACACAUCUUAAUUUCUUGAUAGGCCAGUUGUAAUGUGUGACUAAGGACUAUAUCCUUCAAACAUUGCAUUUGAAGCAAUGGGCAGGUGUGGGAUUUGGAAGCAGUAUGAAAGUAACAUCAUUUGUUUUUGCGUACUUUGUAAUUUUCUUCUGGAAAUCCCAGAUUAUCCAAAGAGAGAAGAUAGAAUCAUUAUAAAUCCCAGUAGCAGUCUGCUGGCCAGCCAGGAUGAGACAAAGUUGCCUAAAAUAGACUUUUUUGACUAUUCUAAAUUGACUCCUCUUGACCAGCGCUGCUUCAUCCAAGCUGCUGACCUCCUCAUGGCCGACUUCAAAAUGCUCAGUAGUCAGGACAUCAAGUGGGCCCUGCACGAGCUCAAAGGACACUAUGCAAUCACCCGAAAGGCCUUUUCUGAUGCCAUGAAAAAAUGUCAGGAGCUAUCACCAGAAACCGGUGGAAAAAGGAAGAAGAGAAAAGAAAUGAACCAGUAUUCUUACAUCAAGAGAAAAGAAAUGAACCAGUAUUCUUACAUCGAUUUCAAGUUUGAACAAGGUGACAUAAAAAUAGAAAAGAGGAUCUUCUGUUUUGAAAAUAAGCGACGACAUUGUAGGUCCUAUGACCGGCAUGCUCUCCUUCCAGCUGUGCAACAAGAGCAGGAGUUCUAUGAGCAGAAAAUCAAAGAGAUGGCAGAGGAUGGCCAACUGAUUGAGUGUCGCUGCUGCUAUGGGGAGUUUCCAUUCGAGGAGCUGACGCAGUGCGCAGAUGCUCACUUGUUCUGCAAAGAGUGUCUCAUCAGAUAUGCCCAAGAGGCAGUCUUUGGAUCUGGAAAGUCGGAGCUCAGCUGCAUGGAAGGCAGCUGCACGUGUUCAUUCCCAACCAGUGAGCUGGAGAAGGUGCUCCCCCAGACCAUCCUAUAUAAGUACUAUGAACGAAAAGCCGAGGAGGAGGUUGCAGCAGCCUACACCGAUGAGCUUGUCGGAUUCGUUCUCAGGCAGAGCGUGCCAUCUGCCAACCUUUCCCCAUUGUGAAAACUACCUGGGCACUUGCGUCAGAUGAUGAAAAUUGAGUAUAUCUUCCAGGUUUUUGGCAUUUCUUGCUGAGAAAUAAGAUUAUCAAUGAUUUUA